CCACGCACAAAACAAACGGUAGUGUCCCUUUUAGACCACUUUAGAGCUCCAGCACCUAAAGGUCUUUCACGAUCUCUGCCUGUAUUAAAGUGCAAUACCCUAGUCUUCUUGUAGGUUGAGGGGUACUGUAAAUAAGGCUGACUUUUUGUGGAAUUGCUUAGAGUUUUGUUGUAUGCUGUACAAGAAUAUACUUUCCUGAAAUUUGCUGAAAUUUGUGUUGCCAUUUUAGAUGAGAAUGUAAUAUUUAUUUUAUUUUUAAGAUAUUUAGAAAAAAAUCGGGAAUCUCCGGAAACAUAUUUAAAUUGCCAUUUUUUAUGAUAUUUGUAUCUAGGCCUAACUAUCGCACAGGUUGUCGAAACGUCAGUCACUGUCAACAAGAACAGUGCUAUUCAGGACUACGUUCACCCGUACGAUGAAACUCAACCUACUUUUGAGUAUUUUCAUAAUAAGGUCUCAUUUUAUGAAGGUAUAGUGUAGUCAUUCUUAAUCUUGGAAAAUAACUUUACUAUAUUCCUAAUGCUACAAAAGCUUCGUACUCUCUUAUAAGAAUGAUACUAAAAUAGAAUUUGAAAAACCAUCUAUUCUUACUAAUUGAAACACUUAUCAUAAUGUCGAAAAUGAUUUUUCUUGUACAUGCACAUCAAUCGUCCGAGAGUCUCAAUUCUUUUAAUUUCCAGCUGCAAAAGUUUAAUGGCUUUUAUAGCUGAGUGCAACAAUUUUUUUUAUAAAAUGCGAUGGCCUGUUAUUACAGGGUGCAAAAGCUAAAUUCAUUAUCAAGCAUGACAGUUUUAUUGCAAAGCGCGAGAGAAUAGCAUCUCCUCGAAAUAUUUUGUAUUAAAAACCCUCUUAGAUAUGUCAAACAAGAUUUCCCUUUUGUCUCAUAUAUCUCAUCAUGUGAUUUUCCUGGCCUUUAAUUAAUAUACCCAGGAAGCCUGAAGAAUGUACUGCUUUCGGUAGGAGCCUUCAUGUAUAGCCAUUAUAGGGAGUACCCUCUCAGGGUUGGGGAGGGGAGGGCAAAAGAGUAUGGCUUUAAUUUUUUGCAGAAGGACGGAGACAUCCCCAGUAAUCUGCUUGAGGGUUUGCGUUUCAAAACAGAAAACCGUCAGAAUAGAUGGGUAGGGACAUGAAGGUCUGAACAAAGGACAUCAAAGCCAGUUUUAACUGCUUUCGAUGUCAUUUGGCAGUUUUGCAAUUUUGCCAUCAGCUAAUCCGUGCACCCUUGGUUAUAAAACCCCCAGGCAAUAAAACCAUGCAUAGAAAAGAAAUACGGCGCCACUUUGUGCAAAACAAAGGAGCGCAUACCCCAAAGUGCUAAAAUCAGCUGCAAUGCAGACAACUGGGGGACAGAGGGAUAUAAUGCUAAACACUUUCAGUAGCGAAAUGGCUGCAGAAAUGAAAAAAUUCCCCUAAGCUCCCCUAAAUGUAAGUGAUGUCCUUGACUGAUUAAAACUUUUAACGAAUAAUUAAACAUGUCACAAAGAAAUUGAAUAUAAUUCCUCCUAAUGUACCUAGUCCCCUGGUCCGUGCCAGCAAAAUAGCUAUUUAUGCCUGUUCCGUGAUGCUACACUGUCAGUAGCUGUCAGUAGAUGUUGAAUCAUCUGGAGCUGAUAUUUUCGCAGUAACUGAGACAUGGCUCUCAGAAAUUGAUGAUGCGUACAGAGCCGAAAUCACCCCACCCGGGUACAAGCUGUUUGAUCACACACGAUCUGAUCGAUCUGGUGGUGGAACUGCUCUAUUGAUAAGAGAAAAUCUACAUGCAAGUCGUGUAGAUGGUGGUGUGCGUACUUCUUUUGAAUUUUCUCAUUAG